AUGGGUCUCACACCGGUGCAUUUCUUUUCCCAUGGCUCGACCAUGAUGCUCGGAGAGGAGUCGGAAAGCGCCGAUUAUUGGAAAAAGUGCGGCGAUGAAGCUCUUGCGCGAAAGAUCAAGGGGGUGGUAAUUAUGGGAGCUCACUGGGACUGCAUGGGCGACAAAAUCGAGCUAGCAACCAACCCGAACCCCGGAAAGAGCCCUGUAGCCUAUGUCCACCCCGACAAAUACGUCAACUACAAGCUCGUACCCGACCUUGACACCACGAAUCGAUGCAUCGAGAUGCUAGCUCGCGAGGGGUUUAACGUUGGUGGUAACACGGAUUUUGAAUGGAUUCAUGACGUUUACCUUAUUUUGAUUCGCAUGUUCCCCGGUGGCUGCCCACCUACGACACUAGUCUCAGCGAAUGCUCGCUACGAUCCUCAUUUCCAUCUGAAAAUCGGCGCUACCCUGCGUCCAUUGCGAAAGGAGAACUACUUAUUCAUCGGCACGGGAGGUGCGGUUCACAAUCUAUACCGGAAUAGGUGGGCGCCUAUGAUGCGGUUCCGCGAUAACUUUGCUUUGGAGACCCCACCCGAGGAUUGGGCGAUGGAGUUCCGACAGGCUGUUGAGGACGUUAUCAUCAAGACAUCUGGUCCCCAGCUUCGCCGUGCCAUGACUCGCUUGAUGAAGCACCCUCGCUUCCGCGACGCACAUGCCACCGACGAUCAUUUCAUGGCUGCUCUGUUUGUGGCUGGAGCUGCGGGAGACGCUGAAGAUGAGAAUGCGCCUGCGAUGAUGGGCGCUGAGAGUUGGGAGCUGACCAACAUGUGUAAUUCUCAAUUCACCCUGGGAAGAUGGUCAAAUGAAAUUGCAGUGUAA